CUUUAUAAAUGCAUGGCCAUGCAAUCAAUCAAUCAAUUGGAUUUCACGUUGCCUUCCAUGGAUUAUUUCACAUCUUUUCCUCAAUUCAUGUCUGGAAGAAACUCUAGUGGCAGUUCAGCCCCCUGAUCGAGACUUUUUCAUUAGCUGAUAGUGUUGUUCAGUUGCUACCAAGCGAAAUGAAAAGCGCAACAGCCGACCACUAUACCGCUAUAUAUAGUCCUUCUGCUUUGAGCUUUCCGACAAAAGAUUGAGUCAGUGAUAGUGGAAGGAAAUUCGGGUUAAAUAUAUGCAUGAAAGUCAACCUAAUACUUGGAACUGUGGAUAAUACAGAGAAAAAAUAGUGCAUGCUGACUUGAAUAAUUAACACGAACCUCCUACGCACAGAAGCACUCGAAGUUGCCAUGGAGUACCGCCAGGGGGCUAUUAUAUAAAUUGCAAAUCAAAUUUCAUUCUUGUUAUAAAUUAAAGCAGGAAGCAUAACAACGGUGAUAUUAUUUUGUGACAGUAUGUCUGACACUUCUGCUAGCGAAAUAGUGGAAAAUUAAAAACCAGUUAUAAUCAUUGAACUUUACAAACUUAGUUAAAGUCCAGAGAAAUUGGUAGACCCAAAGAAGAGAACAGAAUACUUGAUACUUGUGCAAGAUUAUAUCUGUGUAGACUGCCUAGUCGACAGUUGUAUUAACAUGGGAAAAUUUGGCCGUCGGGAAGGAGCAGACACAAAAAUGAAAUCAAAAUUACGCCACGGUUUAAUGGGUGUUGUGAUCUUCGAUCACCAGGAGGUGUGUACUAAAGCCAAGGCUUUCGUAACAUCCAUAGCAAACGGUAAGAUAUUCUUCAAAAUUUCAUUAUUAAGUGCGAAGUAUUGAGCAACCGGAAGUGAGUCGAAAUUUAUUUCCUCACCCUGUUGAGCAAGCCGCUUCGUUGAUUCGGAUUGACAGAAUCUUUAACAUUGUGAUAUGACAUGGUACAGUACAGUACAUAAUCCAUGACUUAAACAGGUGAGAACGUGUAGAACGUUUUGAGUGUGCGUGCCUAACAAUGCGCUGUCAUACGAACUAGCCGGCACCGUUUUUCCCACCACGUACAAGUCUUCUCACAAAAUGGAUAAAAAAUGGAUAAAAAAAUGGAUAAAAAAUGAGCAAAUACGAAUCCGAUAAAAAAUGUUAGUCAGAAUCGCACAUUUUCACCGUUGAGAGUUAGGUAUGAAUUUCACUUCAAUAAACGACGCACAUAUUUAUAAAUAUUAUUAAGUAGGAAUAAAUCUUAGCUAAGCUACGACACGUUCGUGAUUAAUUGCUUUUUCUUUUGUUAUGCAUUGUUUUAAUUAGGCACAGAGGUGAAAAUAUGCGAUUUUGACUAACAUUUUUAAUCGGCCUCGUAUAUGCUUAUUUUUUCUCCACUUGGCAUGAAAAGCAUGCCAUGCAACAGCUAAAAGCCUGACUCUCCGAAUAUGAAAACCAAUUGUUCAUACGCCGAGUAAUUCACGUAUAAUAGCGCGCUGAAGUUCGAUUACCUUUUUUGAUACACCCUGUAUACUAUAUAUAAGCACCCUGGUCACACCUUUAUAUUAGAUCGGAUCAUAUUAAUGUUCUUGGUAAUUUUCGUUCGCAGUGAUGCAAUGAAGAUAGGGGUAAACGUGCAUAAAUCUUAAAGUUGACUAUAGUUACCAUGAUUGCCAAAUUAUUAAGACGCUACCAGAUGUUCGAAGCUUCUUAGAAAUUUUCUGUAGUAAAAUGUCAAUCUGUUUAUCGAGACAUGCAGAUAUUAUUUUACAUGGCAUUUUUUAAAAUUUACGAUAUUAUAAUAAACUCUGAAUUAUGUAUAUAGUCGACCUCGUCCUCGUCCCCAGGACAUUUUGCCUUCGGCCCUCCACGCUUGAAGGUCGGCGAAAACGGUCCUGAGAUCGGCUGGUCACAUAAUACCCAGAAUUUCUGGGUAUUUUGAUACGAUAAUUUAGUGAAAUUAAAUCUUGCUGCGUUUGUUUACGAAUAAUAAAUGAGAAGUAAUGAACAAUUUGCCAACUUGUUCAUCUAAAGACUUCAUUUUAAGAGCAGUAUGCUUGCAUAAAUAAUUCUUCUUAUAUCCAUGAGUCCGACAAACACAUAGACAUAUAGUACAGCAAAUAUAGGAUGUAAGUGAAUCUUCACUAUAUACUCUCGGUAUUUUUUAUAGCACUAAAGUUGGUUAAAAAAAUUAUACUGCAAGAUUAAGAAUGCGUUUUUGAAAAGACUAAUAGGAUUGUACAAUUGAUCAUCCGAUUCCAGGGCCAUUUUCGCCGACCUUCAGCCGUAGAGGAACCGUAGAGGCAAAAUGCCCUGGGGACGAGGUUGUGUCUACAUGUAUAGUAAUAUAAUCCCACGCAGUGGUCAAAGUAGGUUAAUAAAAAUAAAUGGGAAGUAAUGUUGUUAAUAAAUGUGCAAACACAGGAAGAUGCACAAUAUUCUUCUAUAUAUACACGCACUCAUGAUGUGUAACUUCCCACACAAUGAAUUAAGGAACACACCCCCAACGCCUUGUCGGAAAACCCAUAUAUAGCUACAAAUUUAUACACACGUUGCUAUUUUAGAAUAUUUUCUAGAUGACGUACCAGUUUUUCUUGUAUGGUGAGGCGGCCCAUAUGGAAAAUGCAGCAUUUUGUUUCGUUCUUGAGCGGUCGGUAACCUGCAGUACGGAUCGCUUACUGAUCUCAUAGUAUGGACUGCUAACAUGGACCGCUAGGGAAGAAAAAGUACUAAAUAAGCAGACUGAGAUAGUACUCCCAACAGUGGCGUGCUGGGUACUAUUUUUCUGGAGGGGUCAGUGGGCUGUCAACCAAUAUGCGCCCCUAUAAUGUUACACUUGAUAAACGAGGGCCGAAGGCACGAGCCAAGUGCCGCAGGUGCGACGUUUGUCUAGGGGGGUCCGGGGGCAUGCCCCCCAGGAAAAUUUUUGAAUUUAGAGUCUCUGAAGUGCCAUUUCCUGGACUUUGGGGGAAGAUUUGACAGAAAUCUGAUAGACAGGAAACGGCAUUAUAACGUGUCGAAAUUUGCAAUUCGGUUAGAAUUUAGUAGCAGUACUUAAAUUAUGCAAUGCUAACUACUUCCAGCGAUUAAUCUAAUCCCAAUUCUGUUCUCUACUGUUCUGAGUACAUUUACAACUUAAAACUCUUUUAUACAAUAACACAAGCAACCCACGCAUAUGCAUUUUAAGGUUUCCUUGCCUGGCUGCCAAAAGGGCAUGUUUCAGCAUUAUUUCAUUGCUUACAUUGCUCAUGCUUCUUGUGCAAACAACUAAAUUGCGUACACAACUAAACAUCAGUUAUCAUAACUUCAACUAUCUAAUUUGCGCCGCUCUCGUGAUUCGUGAAGCAUAAUAAAGGGCAUAAUAUAAGGGCAUAAUACCAGCAAAAAAGGGCAUAAUUCCUGUGAUCGCAUCGAUCGAAACCUGACCAAUAUUCCGGUGAUGAGACAUUGCCUGUGAUCACUGAUCAUGUUUCUAUAUAAACGAUUUCGUGUGAGCUGUGAGGUAGCAAAUACGGUUAUAGGCAAAAUAGUCUGUAAUUUAAUAUAUGUCGCCUAUAUGCGCUUAGUCUGUUUUAUACUGUAGCCUAUAAACAUGUCUUUUCUUGGCGGAAGUAACCAUAUUUUUUCGAGAAUGCGUUUUUUCCCACCCACUUUCAAAAUUCGGCGCCCCAUUUUCAUUUUUGCGCCCCCCAAGAAUUGCCAGCUGGGGGGGGGCCGUGGCCCCCCGGCCCCCUCUGCCAGCACGCCACUGACUCCCAAAGAAACUAAAAUAUUUAAUACUAUUCUACUCUUGACUCUUGUUUGUGCUAAGACGUUAUUCACAUGUAUAAAAACUCUUUUCAGAACACUUAAAACGCCGUUGACUGAUACUUACUUGCCGCCAUUUAACGUUAAGUUAACCUGGACUGAAAACUGCUUUGUUUCCGACAUUAGAAUCCGAAAAUCUGUUUGUACCGUUUCACAAAAAUUUAAAAUCCUGCAUUUUUAAAUGUUCAAAUAGUGCUGUUUGACCCAGAUUUUCCUUCAUAUAUAAGGGCAAUUAUAAAGUGGGGAUCGACUCGAGCACGCGUUUAAAAAUUAAGAGACAUCCGGCCGCAAACAAGCUGUCUUAAGGGCAGGGACAAUAGAAUUUUAGAAGUGUUUGAGACGUGGCCUUUUUUCGUGCUUUUCCAAGGACCGAAUGUGAACGUAAUUUCUCAGUGAAAAAGUAACUGUCUGAGUGAUGCAAAACAAACCAAAGGUUCCCAAACUGGCCAUCAUGUUACGCACCGCCUGGAAAAAAUUCCAAAAAUUAGUUAAUACAUCAAUUUCAAAAUUUGAUACAUUCACUGCAAUAUGAGCAAGUAGUAAUGCAGAGAUCAGAAGAUUAAUGAUCACUCUAUAUAUUGACACUACACUUACAUCAAGGAAUUAAUCUCCAUUAUUUUUCUCCAUUUUAGCUGCUGUUUCACUUGCCAACUGGUCAACGAAUGAAGAAAACGCUGCCAUUCAAGACACCUGUACAAGAAUGUAUGAACUUUCUAUGCUUCUUUCUAGUGUGAUGGAUAUGUUCUCCAAGGAGGUGAGUCAGACCUGCAGUUACAGUCAAUUUGUGCGAAAUGUUUGUAUUCUCCUUAUUUGCAUUGUUAGACCUUUCAGUAUAAGCUAUUUAAAUUUAAAGACCUGUUAUAUACUGUACUCCGUUAUACAGUACUCCAUGUCAGUUCUGUAUUUAUUUGCAGGAUUGCUAUUCUCAUUUUGUCAGUUAUCGCCUUGGUUAGGUGUAGAUUUUAGUCUUAUUUUUUUCGUUUACUUCUUUGAUAAUAAAGCUCGGCUGCCGGUUGCAGCAAAAAGUUUCUUGUGUAACAUGGUCUUUACACAGUGUGUAACUUCUUAAUUAAAAUUGCCGAUCAGAUGCAAUACUGAAGUGGUAGCGUUUCAAACGGUCAAGAAGUACACGUUGUUGGCGAGAACCUCAGUCCUUACCUGGACGGGAGCUAGAAAAAUUGUUAAUUAGUUAUUGAAAACUAAAAUAUAUCAUCAUAAAUUAAGAAAAAACAAUUAUAUACAGGGUGUCUCAAAAAAACCGCUACCCUUAGAAAUUCACCAUUGUUCUAAUUUGAAUGCCCGAACCUUGUUGAAGCCAACAAGGGCAAAUAAUGUUAGCCAAUCAGCGCGUUUGUUUACAUUUUGCGUUCUUGACCAAUCAGAAUGCCUGAAAUUCGAAACAUGUAAACAAAAGGAGUGAGAAAAUAACACCUUGUUCUACGCCCUCGGUGACAUUCGAUAUUAAACUUUUUUCGCCAAAACUGACAAAUUCUGAUAAAGCAUGCUUUCUUCUUUAAUUUCCUCGGGGGGAUUUUUUAAAUUCGAUCUAGAACGCGAAAUAUUUAUGUUUGAAUAACAGUGUUUCGACGCGCGUAAAAUAGCAGACUCUCACUUGCACUAUCUUUACACACACAUAAAAAAUUGGUAGAUUUGGCGGUUUAAACUUAUUUUCCCCACACCACAGCUGACAUGUUUUUAAAUAUUACCUAUCUGAUCUCAUCGAUCUCAUUUCGCAUCGGAAAUGCGUCACAACGAUCCAGGACUGACAGGUACAAUAUCGCAUGACUCAUUACUGUACAUUAAAAGUACAUAUCCGGUUGGCAAAAUGGCGAUUGUCUGACUGACGUUCGCGAAGGGCUUAAUAUUUUUGCUAAUGAACUGUUCACGAGGGUUUCGUUCUGUUCGUCUUCUGGUUCGUCGUCAAUCGUCAUCGGCUGCCUCACUUUUUGGUCGCUUUCGUCCUCUUCAAAGCAAGUCGCCGGGGCAAUCAGCGUUGGUAUUUGCUGUCUUUCGAAGAGCUUCAACGUUGCUUUACAAACUGGGCUAUCGCUGAUGUUGGGCAGGAUGUAUUUGAUGUGGAACGAAGGUCCACAACCACGGAAAACGUUCCAAGUGGAUUAACCUUUUUGCAGGCAGGCAAAUCGCAAAUCGAUGGAAAUUUUAAAGGAAGAUUUAAUAUAUUUUAUAUUUACAGAUCUUGAUACAUUUAUAGUCAGUACGUCCUUGGAAAUUGUUCCAAAAUAUGAGUGUGUACCAAAGUUAAAAUAUUACUCAUAAUCUCUAGAACAUGUUUGAAUGUUUUGAAUCACUGCAGUUUAGAAUUAGCAGUCCUUUAACUCUUUUAAAGACAACAGAACUGGCAGCCAUUGCACCCCAUAACUAUUUAGUGUACAAUACUAUUAUACUAGUCAAUGUAAUUAAUUACUACCUCCCCCAACCCAGAAGUAGGCAGUUUUUACUUAUCAGCACUGUCACUAUCUGUACAUAUCUGUGUGUAAAUAUCUGGUUUGUCUCGGUGACCCUGAUUUGCCCCACACAUUAUAUUAUUUGCUCUGUAUGUGUGUGUGUUACUUUAAGUGUACUCUGGUUCCAGAGGCUCUUUGCGAGGCGAAAGAAACAAGAUGCGAGAACGGAGAGCCUCUGGUCACAUCAGGGCCGUAUCACCAGGGGGCAGUAGGGCUUAUAUGUUGAAAAAAGUUCCAAAUAUCCAAAGAAUAAUUAAUAAUGACAUUCUAAAAAUUGUAAAUAUAGUUUUCUUUAGGAGGGCAGUUUCCCCCUCCUGCCGCCCCCUCCCCUGUGCUGUGUACAGCCCAGGGUCACUGUCCAUUGCGAAUCCCACUUCCACACUUGAUUAGGUUCAGCAUUUGAAUUUCGCAUGUGAUUGCCCAUUUGUUAAAAUAUGCCAAACUGGCUUGGGAAAUAAACAUUGCUGUAAGCUAAUUAUAGCCUGUAUUAAAAUAUUCUAUUAAACUCAACCAAGAAUGUAUUACAUGUCCUGCAAAACUGAUUAAUGUUGAUAUGUUUAUCUCCUGAGAAAUUUAAUACCUUUUCACCUGCGGGAGUAUUAAUAUUCAUGCUUGGUUGAGUUUACUAUAAUAGCUUGGGGCUUUUUAAUUGGGGCUUCGGUGGCCAAGUGGUUAGCGCAUUUGCCUGUCACCUCUGAGGCCGCAGGUUCAAGUCAGUGAGAACUUUCUCAAUGCAACUCAAACCCAGUCCUCAUGUGAAAAGAAUAAACCGCAACACUCUGCCGAACGUCACAGGUUUUCCCCGGGUACUCCAGUUUCCUCCCACAUGGAAAGUUGACAGGGUGGGUUGGGUAAAAAGGGCUCACAGUAAUUGGCAUAUGCUGGUGUGGUGACCCGGCCCUAUUUGGCAUGCUAAAUAGAUAGAUAGCUAUAAUUAGCUCACAGUAGUGUUUAUUUCCCAAACAGGUUUGACAUAUUUUUACAAAUGGCCAAUCACAUGCAAGAUUCAAAUUCUGAACCUAUUCAAGUGUGGAAGUGGGAUUUGCAAUUGAUAUGAUCAGAGGCUUUCCAUUCUCACCUCUUGUUUCUUUUACCUUGCAAAGAACCAGGGUACAUGUAAGAGUAACACACAGGCAGACCAAGUGCUGCAAUUCAACUAAGGGCCUGUUUAUAUGCAGGAAGCCGGGCUUGGCCUGCUUAGCGAGACAGGCAGGUGGGAUGAAUUUCUCUUGUGUUUAUAUGGGAAAAUUUCAUCCCGCUUGCUGGUUUUGACAGUUGUUAAAAAUAGCUUGCGGUGGUAUCUUUCAUCCCAGCAACUGGGCUAGCCCGCUUGUGAGUGUUUAUAUGGAGAAAUUUCCACCCCGGUAAGCGAGAUCUCACCUCUUUUCAAGUGAGAUCUCACCUCUUUUCAAGUGAGAUCUCACCUCUUUUCAAGUGAGAUCUCGGCAACCUGGCCAGCCCACUUGUCCAUAUAAACGCACAAUAAUUUUACUAUAAAAAUAACUACACAGCGAGAUCUCGCUUACCGGGCUGUCUCACUUAGCGGGCCAGCCCGGCUUCCAUAUAAACAGGACCUAAGUACCAGUCAAUAUAAGUCCCUGCUUGCUUGAAUCUAGGAAGUGUGGGGUUCAUGGGGCAAAGCAGGGCCACUGAGACAAAGCCAGGCAUUUAUAAAAUCCAGCAAUUUUGAUUAUGCAGUGCUGGGAAAUAAAAACUGCCUACUUCUGGGUUGGGGGAGGUAGUAAUUUACAUUGUCUGGUAUUUGUACACUGAAUAGUUAUGGGGUGCCAUGGCUGCCAGUUCUGUUGUCUUUAAAACGACUGCUAAUUCUAAACUGCAGUGAUUCAAAACAUUGUCCAAACAUGUUCUGGAGAUUAUGAGUAAUAUUUUAACUUUGGCACACACUCAUAUUUUGAAACAAUCACCAAGGACGCUGACUAUAAAUGUAUCAAGAUCUGUAAAUAUAAAAUAUAAAUCUUACCUGCGAUUUGCCUGCCUGCGAAAAGGUUAAUCCACUUGGAACGUUUUCCGUGGUUGUGGACCUACGUUCCACAUCGAAUGCAUCCUGCCCAACAUCAGCGAUUGCCCAGUUUGUGAAGCAACAACGUUGGCAAAUGUUGAAGCUCUUGGAAGGUCUUCGAAAGACACGGCGACUUGCUUUGAAGAGGACGAAAGCGACCAAGAAAGUGAGGCAGCCGAUGACGAUUGACGACGAACCAGAAGACGAACAGAACGAAACCCUCGUGAACAGAUUAUUAGCAAAAAUAUUAAGCCCUUCGCGAAGGUCUGUCAGACAAUCGCCAUUCUGCCAACCGGAUAUGUACUUUUAAUGUACAGUAAUGAGUCAUGCGAUAUUGUACCUGUCAGUCCUGGAUCGUUGUGACGCAUUUCCGAUGCGAAAUGAGAUCGAUGAGAUCAGAUAGGUAAUAUUUAAAAACAUGUCAGCUGUGGUGUGGGGAAAAUAAGUUUAAACUGCCAAAUCUACCAAUUUUUAUGUGUGUGUAAAGAUAGUGCAAGUGAGAGUCUGCUAUUUUACGCGCGUCGAAACACUGUUAUUCAAACAUAAAUAUUUCGCGUUCUAGAUCGAAUUUUAAAAAUCCCCCCGAGGAAAUUAAAGAAGAAAGCAUGCUUUAUCAGAAUUUGUCAGUUUUGGCGAAAAAAGUUUAAUAUCGAAUGUCACCGAGGGCGUAGAACAAGGUUUAUUUUCUCACUCCUUUUGUUUACAUGUUUCGAAUUUCAGGCAUUCUGAUUGGUCAAUAACGCAAAAUGUAAACAAACGCGCUGAUUGGCUAACAUUAUUUGCCCUUGUUAUUUGGGUCAGUCUAAACGCCAGUUUGGUACACGGAAGAACAUCAAAAGGCUGAACGAACAUCAAAUUUAGACAAGGGAAAAUCAGCUUUAGCCGAACAUAUAUGUUACACCAAACACGCGAUUGCGUGGGAAAACUCUAAAGUAAUUACCACAAACAAUCGCUAUGGUCAAAGACUUUGCCUAGAAGUGUGGCAUAUAAAUAUGAGUAAUCAUGCUUUGAAUAGGGAUAAGGGUGCCUAUUUGCCAGAGGAAUAAUGCAUCUCAUUGGCAGGUGACGUCAUCCCUUGGGUAUUUAAGAAGCCACAAUUGCAAUUUUAGAUCACCCCUGAUGAAGACACUAGACUGGAGUGUCGAAACGUUGUGUCUUGAUUGGAAUUCGGCUAGCUAGUGAAACAUGAAAGUGUCUACAUAGUUGCAAGAAAUUUAUUCGAAAAGUAAGUAAGAAAGAAAGAAAAAAAUUGAGAGCUUUUGAUUUGAAAUUUUUGACAUUUUUUAUAUUUUGUAGUUGUCGUAUGCUGCCAGCAGUGUUGAAUUUCAAGAUGAUUUUAAGUACUUCACGUUGUUCACAAAUGUUCCAUCAACAUCUGCUUUCAACAAAGCAAGACUCUCUCUAAUACAAUAUUUUGGUUGGAAGAGGGUCGCUGUUUUGCGAGAAUAUGAUGACAAGUUGCACUCCGAGGUAUGA